CCUGUCAAUCACUCAAACAGGGGGCGUGUCCAGACAGGAGUUUGUGGCUGAAGGAGAAACAGCUGCUAACAGAAAAAUGUCCGCGCUGCCUGAUGGAAAGAAACUCGUCCGGAGCCCCAGCGGACUCCGCAUGGUGCCUGAAAACGGAGCCUUCAACAGCCCCUUCUCCCUGGACGAGCCGCAGUGGGUGCCGGAUAAAGAGUGCCCGAGAUGUAUGCAGUGUGACACCAAGUUCGACUUCAUCAGAAGAAAGCACCACUGUCGGCGGUGCGGCCGCUGUUUCUGUGAUAAGUGCUGCAGUAAGAAGGUGGCGCUGCCCCGCAUGUGUUUCGUGGACCCGGUGAGGCAGUGCGCCGAGUGCAGCCUGUCCUCGCAGAAAGAGACGGAGUUCUACGACAAGCAGCUCAAAGUGCUGCUGGGAGGCGGCACCUUCGUCGUCACUCUGGGAACGUCGGAGAAGUCUGAAACCAUGACGUGCCGCCUCUCCAACAACCACAGGUAUAUGUUCCUGGACGGUGAAAGUCACUUUGAGGUGGAGUUGUCUCGGAUCUCCAGCAUGCAGAUUCUGACAGACGGGUCGAGUCCCGGAGAGAAUGACAUUCACACUUACACCAGUCUGCUGGACAGUCAGUAUAUCUCUGAAGGAGGCACGUCGCGGGCCAGCGGCAUGCUGCUCCACUACAAGCCGAUGGGCUCUCAGGACGCCCAGCAGCUCCGCAUGGAGGCAGCAGACGACAAGAAGGUGGCCUCGUUAUGGCUCGCUGCCAUGCACAAGGCGGCCAAACUGCUGUAUGAAGCCCGGGACCAGUGACAUCACUGAACCUCCAGGCAGCACACACCCAAGUGUUUUUGUACCCGGUCUCACCGGUGUUUGGUAUCGUUUUGGAUUUUUAUUAACGCCAGUUCUGAUUCUGCUUAUCCGUCUGAUUCCGCAUCGGUUUCUUGAUACCAGUUCUUAUCAUGGUGGUUUCUGCAAGAAAUGUUUAUAUAAAAAGAAAAACACUUUAUUACCUCUAUAACCAGUACUUUGUACAUCAUGUUUACCACAAAUAGACUGAUUAUUAUUAUUAAUCAUUAUUAUUGGGGUUUUUUUUGGCAUUUUACAUCUCAGAUCUUUAAUCUUUGAUUUAGUACAUAAAUCAGGGUAUGAAUGAGUUUAUAUUCCAACAUGAAAAUGGAACAAAAAGAAGCUUCCCAACAGUAUCUGUUAACUUUGGGAAGCUUUUACUUUUUAUUCCUGCUCUUUGACUUUCUCAGAUUUCAGACGUUGGACGUUGUUUUUGUCAGCAACACGAUCCUUUGAUACUUAAAGUUAAACUUUGACGUUCAUAAACCAUUUUUCAUAACAGAGAUGCAGUAAAACGACAGCCGUUUUAAUAAUUUUAUAUGCUGCAGUUAAAUGUUUUGUGUCGACUGGGAUUUAAUUUCCUGGAAGAAGUGAUGAGACACUUGAAGGAUCCCUGUAGGGAGAUUUUAUUUUUAUUUUUUCAGAGAAACAGCACCAUGUAGGGGCUGAAUGUCUUCUCUUGAGGACCUUCAGAAGGACGGUUUGAACAGAGAGCUUCCGGUUAAAGCUUUGAUGCACAGAUUGAAAGACAAAUUCACCUUUAAAACCCUUUAAUGCAAACAGAAAAGUGUGUGUGAUGUUUGUUGCAUUUCAGGGCCCAGAGUCUGAAAUUGUGUGCAGCGUUUUUUUACAGUUUCCAAGUCAAACUGCAUGAUUCCCAGAAACAUUGAGUGAAGGGCUUUGAGUUUCAUUUUAUCUCACUAGAUAUCUAAUUUCUACAGCAAAUAUUUAUUUAAUAAGUCUCCUGUGUUAAUGAAAAAAAUGUCAUGUCAUGACAGAAUUUUUUUAGUCUGUUUUAAAUUCUAAAUGGAAGUCAAUGGAAAUCGAGCAUAUUUAAACAUCUUUCUCACUUAUCAAGAGAUAAGUUUUGCAAAAACCUUAAUUUCAGAAUUUUGUCUUUAUAAUUGAAUAAUUGACAUGUCUGAAAUCUGCCUUUUUGUGCUGCUUCGUCAUGUUUUGAAAUCUAUCCUCAUUAAAACAAUGGAAGUCAAUGGAAAUUGAGCCUCCUUAAAAAUCUUUCUCACUUAUGGAGCCAUUAAUCUUUUUCAAAAAUAAAUUCUCUCUUCUAUUUUCUUGAUGAAGCACACAAGUUCAGAAUUUUGUCUUGAAAUCUGCCUUCAUGUGAAGCCUCUUCGAUUGCAUUUUUUUAAUUUUAAUAAAAGAUUUUGUCGUGGCUAAACAUUAAUCAGAGCUGAAGUUAAAGGCAUUCUGCGACAGUAAAUUAUUAUUCAAUAAAUCUCCUUUAUUCAUGAAAAAAGUCACGUCAUGGUAAAUUACAGAAUUCUUUCUAAAAAAAAAUUGAUAUUUUAACACCAUUUUUAAUUCUAUCCUCAAAAAAAAACAAUGGAAGUCAAUGGAAAAGAUGAAUCUUUGUUUUCUAGAUGAACACACAAUUUAUUUUUGACACUGCUCUGAAAUUUGCCUUUAUAUGCAGCCCCGUCAGGUAGAACGUGCCCCAGAGCUGCAGUGAAAGGCAUUCUGGGAAAUGUAGGACUCAAGUAAAAGCAUGUAGAGGAAACUUUCACGACCCCUGAAAUGCAAAAAACAUCACACAUUUAUCCACAAAAGUCUUGUGUUUUUCCUUAAGAUACCUGCUUCCUCGACAGCUUCAAAGAAAAUGAAAGUUCAGGUUUCUGUUUCUUCUCUAUAAAUGGUUAUGUUAAUAACUUUUCUCUCUGCUACGAUUAUUUACAGAUUUAAAUCUUUAGGCCUCGCCGUCUAAGGAAGCUGCAGACUAUUCACUGAUUCUAGUGAAGCAUAAACACAUAAAUAAAUGCUUUAAAUGUAGUUUUCAUGUAUUGAAGUUUUGUAUCAGCUAUUUUGUUAACUACUUUAACACGAGGUGUGUGCGUACUGACAUCGUUUUCGAAGUAUGGAUACGAUUUUUGUAACACUUGUAAAUUCCUUUUCUCUCUCACUCUGAACCCGUCAGCUUCUCCUUUUUUUUAAAAAAAAAGUUUUUGUUUUUAUCGUUGUUCAGAGCCACGACCAGGACGUGAAAUCACAGAUUUAAAUCAACCAAAUGUUCAGUUCUGGUUUGUUUGUUUGGUGGUUGGAUGUGCUUCCAUGGACCUAUUUUAAAGAACGUGUUGGGAGAACUUUAGCCAGUGCAAGAAAAUAAUUUAAUCUCGCCCCAUUCGACAUUUACUGUGUUUUAAAAGAUUUCUCUGGUUUGUGCCUCUGACUCAGAGUUUUUAAAUCCCUUUUAAAUUAACUAUAAACACCCAGAAAUCUUUCAUAAUUCUUGAGAGUUCCAUGAAAUAAAUCCCCGUUUUUGUAUCUUUUUUCAGCUUUAACAAUUCAAUGUAUUCACCUUAUUUAAUUACCUCUGUAAGUAGUUUAAAUUAUGUCGUUCGUUUGUGGCGGAGUCCGCCAUUAGUCGUGUUUGCAUCGACAAAUUUCUCUGCACAUUUUAAAGAUUUGCAUGAGAAAAGCUUGAUGGAAACACCGAAUAUCGAUAAAACUUUGCGCAUAAAAGUUUUUCCACUCGCUUGAGGUUUUUGCCCUUUUUGAAAAAUAGUUAAUGCGCUAAACGGAGAUUAAAAAAAUGAUUGUUGUGAAUAGCAUAGCGAACAAUUAACUCGCAUGCCUGAUCAGCUGUUUCCUUUGACCUGAAAGAACAAUUAUAAGUUGCCCAGUUGAAUCUAUUUCCUGAAGACUUCUCUCCAUUUUGUUGUUUUCUCUCUUCUUCUCCUUUUUACUGAUGGAUUAGCCUACAGCAACACAUUACACUGUCAUCUUCUGACCAAAUUACGUUACUGCAGUUUUGUUAAUUUCCUCUAAACCAGCUGAUGGAAACCCAGUAAUUUGAUUUUUCUGUAAUGCAAUAAUUCAAAAUGUUGCUUUAAAAUCCCCUUUGAGGGAAUUACAGUAAAGAUAUAGAGAGUGUGUUUCCAUCCAGGUCUGAAACAGAUUUUAGGUGAGCUUUUGACAAAUUUUGCAAAUUGAGUUGUGUUUAUAUCAACAGGCUGGGAGCAAAUCAAUUAUGUUACAGGAUAGUUUUGUCAGAAGUUUGUGUUUUGGGCUCAAAUCUGAAACUAACCAAUUUGUCUUGACCUUUUUUGAGGCAAUGUCUUCAGUUUUAAUUGUUCUUUCAUGUCAUUAAGUCUCGGCCAUGUUUCAUGCUGUCUAAGGGCGCUCUCACAACCACAUGAGAAAUUAAUACUUUGGUUGGUUUUCUAUUUAGUCGGGUUUGCUUUCACAGUGCAGACAAGUAAGCGGACCAAAUAAAAAAACAUAUAUGUGGAGGGGUGUGUACGAAAGCAGAGGGCUGGAAAUAUACUUGCGAUUUAAUUUCUUAUUGGUUGGAAAGUUGGCAUUGGAAAAUGUAAACACGGAAACAAACAUGGCAACAAAAACAAAUAUUACCUCGCUGAUUUGUGCAUGAAUCAUUUUUUCCUCCGCUUAAUCUCGAAUGAUUUUAUAAACGUCAGUCAGCAUCUCCUGUUUGUGUUCUUCGGUCCAGAUGUCCAUCAACAUCAGACUUCAGCAGAAGUCUGAGUCAGCAUCAGUCGCUCCGUGUACGUCUCACAGGUCGCCCACAAUCCGCUGCGUUCUGGUUCAUAUACUGUAAUUGUGUCGGAUUACGUUCACAGUGGGAUUAAACCACACUAGGGCUCGUUUGGAAAAGGUUGUUUUGGUCCACACCAGAGUAUGAUUGGAGUGUUCACCAAACUAACCGUAACAAGGAUUUAAACGUACCAGAGUUCAAAUGAAACGGACUAAACUUUGAGUUGUGAAAGAGCCCGAAGAUGAAAAAUGACUAAUAUAUUAUCCUGGGACGCUUACUGCAGCAAACAGCUGGUCAGAAUUUAUGUGGCGAAAGCAUCUACAUCCCGUUUAGCACAUCAACGACAAAACAGCGAGACAGUGAGGAAAACCUUGAGAUAUGGAUGCAAUGUUAAAAAUAAAAAAAACAACCUUGAUUAUGUCAAGAACCCCCAAGUAAACACUUAAAAAUACAUUUAGUUGUGAACACUAUGUGCUGUAUUUAGCUGAGAUAACCAAGUAUUUGUGAGGCUUUGUGAUAAUCUUAGUUUUUUUUAAGCAUCCGUGUGUCUUCCCCGUUUUUUCUGUGAGCUUAAGGAAACAUCUUAGAAGUGAUUUUAACGAAGCACAGGACUGGGUUUGUCGACCUUUUCAUGUCAUUGACGCCCAGUGAAAACCACAUUCAGCACCUCCACUUUGUAACAUAAAGUUUAUUUUUAUACGCUGCUCACCGAAGAAUUAAAAUCACUAGUUGUUGUUGGGUUCAAGACUUUUUUUCUUUUUUUUUUCUCAGAACAGAGACGGAGGGAAGUUUGUGGCUGUUUUUCUGUGUGUGGUCACUAUUAAUGUUGUCUCAGAGGCAUUAUUGUACACUCACAAAGUUAUCCAGUUAAGUUCUUCCAUUAUGGAGCUGUUGCCAUGGAGAUACAUGUGAGAGCUGCACAGUGAGGAGCAGAGAUGAUUUAUUAGCCUCUCAUUAAUUAUCAAGACACAAUUCUCUGAACCCUCCUGCUGCAGAAAUGCACCAUCCUCCCAAGUUUACAACAAAUUUCUGCAUUUCUGUUGUUUAAUUCAAUAUAAAUUGUUUUUUGCUGCCAUUUCAAGCACAGCUGCACCAAGUAAUUUUAAAUAUAUCUACAUGAUCAUACUGUGAUGUUCUCUGUGCAGCUCUCAGACUGUCCAGUUCAAAGUUAAUGAAGAGUUUCUGUUUAAAGUCUUCUCUCAGUCAGUGUUUGUACCUGCACUUUAAAGCCCUCCCUGAUUUAAAGUCCUCUUUAUCCCAGCUCUUCAUUUAUUACGCUCAAAAUGCUUCUACACCCUCUGUUGGAUUAUUCUGUUGAGAAUAAAAUCAAGUGUUUCUACA